AUGUAUCCUUAUCAAUCAGGAUAUGCCGCAGUCCCCGAAGACUUGGAAUCCCAACUGGAAAAGGGUGAAUCAAGAAAUGACACUCCUAAUGAUGGAAAGGGGUUUGAACAGUAUGCGCCACCACAUUACCCACCACCUCAUCUUUGUCAACGCCCAUUUCUUCCACUUUUUAAUCCUCCUCAUGCAGUUCAUUUCUACCCAUCUCCGUAUGUCUUUGAAGGUUACAUGAACACUUACCAUUCACCACCUUCACCUCGGAGAUCCAAAAUUUUAUCCGUCUUGUUAACCUUAGCCACCAUUGGUGGAAUAUUCCUUGCCGGUUUCAACUAUGGCCGGUACUAUGAGAGUGAAAUAUUUGACGAUGAUUUCUAUGGAGACGAUGACUAUAAUGAUCAUGGAAUUAAGUAUUACGACCACCCGCAAUUUCGGGAAAUUGAGGAAAUUGAUCACCCUCCCCAUGGCCAUCCAUAUUACCCAUUGGAACCCGAUCAUGAUAAUCGUCCACCAGGCAGACCCUCGGCCUUUUAUUGGGUGAUUCCCUCUGAGGAACACCAUGGCGAGGAAGACCCAUCAGAUGGUGGAGAGAGCCCAGAUCAUGAAGAUGACUCUGAAUAUGACCAGGAACAAGAUGAUACGUUUGAUUUACGUCAAAUAUCCAAAGGUUUAGUUUAA